AUGCAUCUAAAACUUUCAAUUCUUUUCACAUUACUAAUUGCCACACUUAAAAUAGUAUGUGCAGAUACAACAAUUUACAACAGCGAGGGCUGGGAUGGAGGUUAUUUAACUACAUAUAGCACGUCCUACUCAGUAACAUAUUUUUUUUUCCUUCCAAAAACAACUACCUACUAUUAUAUAAAAACACCUAGGUUCCAUAGUUCGACCACAACAACUUCAUUUUUAAAUGAAUUGGAGUACAAACUUACUUCAUCCUUAACUGCAAGGAGUACAGGAUAUGAUGGGUAUGAAACAUAUUUUACAACUGUUGUAGUCUAUUAUCCAGAAUAUGUUUCUGCUUUUACAACUUCAACCAGGCUUACAUAUUACACAGGGCAAAGUCCGUCUUUUAUCACAAAGAAAACAAAUGUAAUUACUGGUUCAGAUAGUUCAAUAACAACUCUAUAUGAGUAUAUCUAUGGAAUUCCUAACAAUUUUUAUGUAAGUACUAUAACAUCAGUUUGGACAAAUAAUUAUUUAGAGACAUCCGAAAGUCUUAUUACAACACGCGGCACUGAUGAUAGUUCCACAACUGGAACAGUGUAUUAUAUUUUUACCACCAGAAAUCCUGGUUUAACAUUGACUACUUACUGGACUGGCAAUUCAGUCUCAUUUUUGUCAACCAGCGUUUCAUAUUCGACAGAUAAUUAUUUUAUUAUCUUCUCUACUGUGUAUACCACUACAUAUUACAUUAUGGCUGUACCUUCCUAUCAUAUGAGUUCUACCAAAACAACUGAAUAUCUGGGGAAGUCAACUAUCACAUUAUCUACCAAAGUAUAUUCAAUCACCGAUAGUUCGGGGUUUGUAACAUUUCAAACUCUCUAUUAUGUUGGAACUCCAAUUAGAUUAAGUGCCCGAACAGUAAUUAAGGAAAGUAACAUCAAUGCGAACUCUAAAUCAACUUAUUCAACCAAUAUAAAUAAAGCGAUAGGACAAGAUGGUUUUGAAACAACAGUGUACACUUACUACGUCUUCAUACCGACCAAUUUGUUAAAGCAAACGAUAACACAAGCUUGGACCGGUAGUUAUAUUACUACAAAAAGUACUUCACUAACGACUGCGGUAGAUGUGGAUGGAAAUUCGAUAAUCAGCACGGUAUAUUUCAUUUACACGACAAGAAAUCCUGGUAUAUAUGUAAAUAGACCAUGGUCUGGAACUUACACUACUGUGUAUUCCACUGAAGUUUCCCUAUCUACUGAGUUUUUUUUCUUUGUUGCCAUCACAACGUAUACUUCAACUUACUAUUAUGUAAAGGUACCAUUAAAUCAAGUCACAAAAACUUCCUAUGUAGCCUGGUCAGGUGAUAAAUAUUCCACAUACAAAACUGAUGCAACUACUUAUACUGGAGGUGAUGACAAUUUGACCGAAGAGAUUACAUUGUAUGUAUACUCGAAAGCAUAUUUUUCCUCGACAACCAAUAAUUUCAGAGGUGGUACAGGAACUACUCCAUAUUUGUUUGGACAAUUGCUCGCCACAACGACAGGAGAAAAUGGUUAUGACACAACUGUUACAACGUAUUAUAUUGCAAUCCCUGAUGCAUGCUAUUAUACUACCACAACAGCACCAUGGGAUGGUUGGUAUUCACAACUUUAUUCCCAGGAUUUGACGGAAGUGAUUGGUAUAGAUAACCUCUUUACCACGAAGACCAUAUAUUAUAUUAGAACACCUUUGCCAUGGGGGAUAUUUGAUACUACAUAUUUGGACAGUUUCAUAUCCAACAUAUGA